AUGGGCAUGAUAACACAAGUGAACGUCUUCGUUGACGGUAUCUGUGAGGGGCAGACUCGACUGUCGCAGGAACGCGCAGAGCCUGCCACGCUAAAGGAGGCUUUCAUUAUUGCCCUCCGCGAAGACUUUGGAGUCACCAAGGCCUACCUCAAGCCUUCGGUGUUACCGCUGCCAGAUCAGCGGGUCCGGAACCUAUGGAGAUUGAUGCGAUUAAGUCGUCGGGUGACCGACGACGUGCUACACCCUACAAAGGCGACUUCCGUAGCAGACGUCAGAUGA